GGAGAAGUCUCCAUUAUUACUUCUCGUACUCAAUCUCUUUUAGACACAUAGAGAUACACACUUGUAAGCUGGAAGAGUGGAGUUGCGAUAGAGCUAAAGCCAAAAGUUAAAGCUUUUUUUGAUAGAGAAUAUAAACACCGCAUUUGGCAAGCAGCAGAGCUGCAGAGGGACAAAGAGUUUUGUGCUGGGAAGUGGAAGAAUGGAGGAAAGGCCAGAAAUGGAGUUAAUAUCGAUUCCGGCGACGCCGAGAGCGUCUACGCCGGAGACACAGACCCCGUCGGGUCAGAGGUCGCCAAGGCAGCUGGGGAAGGAAGGGAAAUCGUCGUCGGCGUGGACUCCGACUUCGUUUAUAUCUCCUCGGUUUCUGAGCCCGAUAGGGACGCCGAUGAAGAGGGUGCUGAUCAACAUGAAGGGUUAUUUGGAAGAGGUCGGACAUCUCACGAAACUCAACCCUCAGGACGCAUGGCUUCCUAUCACUGAGUCUCGCAAUGGGAAUGCUCACUAUGCUGCGUUUCACAACCUCAAUGCCGGGGUCGGCUUCCAGGCCCUGGUUUUGCCGGUGGCCUUUUCUUUUCUCGGCUGGAGCUGGGGAAUACUUUCUUUAACCAUAGCCUAUUGUUGGCAACUCUAUACUUUGUGGAUUCUAGUUCAGCUACACGAGGCGGUUCCAGGAAAGCGGUACAACAGAUAUGUUGAGCUUGCAGAAGCAGCAUUUGGUGAAAGAUUGGGUGUCUGGCUUGCUCUCUUCCCCACUGUUUAUUUAUCAGCGGGAACUGCGACAGCUUUGAUUCUUAUAGGAGGGGAGACCAUGAAACUAUUUUUCCAGAUAGUUUGCGGGCCCCUCUGUUCAUCGAAUCCCCUUACAACGGUAGAGUGGUAUCUGGUGUUCACUUCUCUAUGCAUUGUUCUAUCUCAGCUCCCAAACCUCAAUUCAAUUGCUGGACUUUCACUCAUAGGGGCUGUGACAGCCAUCACUUACUCCACCAUGGUGUGGGUCCUCUCCGUUAGCCAACAAAGGCCACCGCCAAUAUCUUAUGAACCCCUUUCAAUGCCAUCCUUCACUGCUUCUGCCUUUUCAGUGAUGAAUGCACUUGGAAUUAUUGCUUUUGCUUUCAGAGGACACAAUUUAGUGUUGGAGAUUCAGGCAACUAUGCCAUCUACAUUUAAGCACCCAGCUCAUGUCCCUAUGUGGAGAGGAGCCAAAGUUGCUUAUUUCUUUAUUGCCAUGUGCUUGUUCCCUGUUGCCAUUGGAGGCUUUUGGGCUUAUGGAAACCUUAUGCCUUCAGGAGGGAUUCUUAAUGCCUUGUAUGCCUUUCAUAGUCAUGACAUUCCAAGAGGACUUCUUGCGAUUGCAUUUCUGCUAGUCGUGUUCAACUGUUUGAGCAGUUUCCAGAUAUACUCCAUGCCUGUUUUUGACAGUUUUGAAGCCAGCUACACCAGCCGAACCAACCGCCCCUGCUCGAUCUGGGUCAGAUCCGGUUUUCGGGUGUUUUACGGAUUUGUAAACUUCUUCAUAGGGGUGGCACUCCCUUUUCUCUCCAGUCUUGCUGGUCUGUUAGGAGGACUCACACUUCCAGUCACAUUUGCUUAUCCAUGCUUCAUGUGGGUUCUCAUAAAAAAGCCUACAAAAUACAGCUUCAACUGGUACUUCAAUUGGAUCCUAGGUUGGCUAGGAAUUGCUUUCAGCUUGGCCUUUUCCAUUGGAGGUAUCUGGAGCAUUGUGAACAGUGGACUUAAGUUGAAAUUCUUCAAACCCAGUUGAAAAUGUACACAAAGAAAGUGAACAAAGGAUGGGUGAGCUCUGCAGAACUGAUGUUGGAAUUAUAUUUUAUAUGUUAUUUGGCAUACAACAAGUGUCAUGAAAGAACAUCUUUCCUAGUACUUCAUAGGAUUAAACUGCUGUCAUGUUUGAAUUCAUUUUGAAGCCUCCAAUUUCUAUGUUGUAAUAUUAGUCUUCAUGGGAUUGUAUCUGGUGUCGAGAUAAUGAAAUGGAUCACAGUAUGUUGGAUUUGCUAUUAA